AUAUUUCAACUUCCUGUUAAGUGUAAACGUAUGGGUUUUAUUUAGCCUAGCGUGUGCGACUCAUCUCUAAGCUAAAAAAAACAAAACAAAUAGGCUGCUCUAUAAAGAUUUAAAAAUGCAAAGCGAUGAUGUUAUAUGGAGCAUAAUCAAUAAGUCUUUUUGCUCAUUUAAAGUAAGAACAAAAAGCCAGAAAUUCUGUAGGAAUGAAUACAGCUUGACAGGUUUGUGCAAUCGUUCAACAUGUCCAUUGGCAAACAGCCAGUAUGCAACAGUCAGGGAAGAAAAUGGUGUGUGUUAUUUGUACAUGAAAACUAUAGAAAGAGCUGCUUUUCCUCGCCGUCUGUGGGAGAAAAUAAAGUUAUCAAGAAGUUAUGCAAAGGCAUUGAAACAAAUUGAUGAGCAUUUAAUAUAUUGGCCAAAGUAUAUGAAGCACAAAUGCAAACAGAGGUUAACCAAAAUAACCCAGUAUCUUAUACGAAUUCGUAAACUCACAUUAAAACGACAGAAACAAUUAGUUCCUUUAAGCAGAAAAGUAGAAAGGAGGGAGUCAAGAAGAGCUGAAAAAGCUUUGAUAGCUGCACAGCUGGACACUGUAUUAGAGAAGAACUUGUUGCAGAGGCUGAAAGAAGGAACAUAUGGCGACAUCUACAACUUCCCUCAAAAAGCAUUUGAUAAAGUGACAGAAGAAGAAGAAAUCUCCAGCGAUGAAGAGGAGUUGGAGGAGGAGGCAGAGGGAGGAGAGUACGAUGAAGAGGAGCUGGAGCUUGAGGAAGAAGAUGAAGAGGGUGUUGGAGACGUUGAGUACGUUGAAGAUUUUGAUGAAAGUGAUGUUUCGGAUAUGGAGGAUAUGAACGGCAAUGAAAAUUCAUCUGAUGAGGACAGCUCAGCAGAGGAUGAAACAGAUGAGAAAAAGAAAGGCAAGAAAAAGGCACCAGCACGCAAGAACAGACCCAAGGUGUUGAUAGAGUACGAGGAGGAUACACCCUCCACCUCCAAGGGGAAACAACUGGCUUUAGCGUGAGGUGGGGAGAUUUGGCCAGACAUGUAAAUUAGCUGUACAUGAAUAAAAAAUAGUUGAAUGUUA